UUGGCAAUGAUGUGGGAGGAGGUCACAUGCUCUGUCUGCCUGGAUGCCUUUGUUGAGCCUGUGAGCAUCGAAUGUGGCCACAACUUCUGCCAAGAAUGCAUCUCUCAGGUUGGGAAAGACGGGGGCAGCGUCUGUCCUGUGUGCCGGAACCGCUUUCUGCUCAAGAACCUCCGGCCCAACCGGCAACUGGCCAACAUGGUAGACAACCUUAAACAAAUCAGUGAGAAUGCCAGGGAGGGCGCACAGGGGGAGCGGUGUGUGGUGCAUGGAGAGAGACUUCACCUGUUCUGUGAGGUCGACGGAAAGGCCCUUUGCUGGGUGUGUGCUCAAUCUCGGAAACACCGUGACCACUCCAUGAUUCCUAUUGAGGAGGCUGUUCAGGAGUACCAGGAGAAGCUCCAGGUGGCAUUAGAGGAACUAAAAAGAAAGCAGGAGAUGACUGAGAAGUUGGAACUGAACAUUGCAAUGAAGAGAGCAGACUGGAAGAGGACGGUGGAGAUACAGAAAUCUAGAAUUCAUGCAGAGUUUGUGCAGCAAAAAAACUUCCUGGUUGAAGAAGAACAGAGGCAGCUGCAGCAACUGGAGAAGGAGGAGAGGGAACAGCUGAGACUCCUGGGGGAGAGAGAGGCCGAGGUGACCCAGCAGACCCAGGCCUUGCAGGAGCUCAUUUCAGAGCUGGAGCGGAGGCGUCAUGGGUCAUCACUGGAGCUGCUGCAGGAGGUGAGAAUUGUCCUGGAAAGGAGUGAGGCCUGGAACCUGAAGGAGCCAGACAUUGCCUCUCCAGACCUGAGGAAUGUGUGCCAUGUACCAGGGCUAAAGCAGAUGCUGAGGUCAUAUGGAGUCCGCAUCACUCUGGAUCCAGACACAGCAAACCCGUGGCUCAUCUUCUCAGAGAAUCGGAGACAAGUGAGGCUUGGAAACACACGGACGGAAGUACCUGAAAAUGAAGAGAGAUUUGAAAAUUAUCCCAUGGUCCUAGGUACCCAACGCUUCAACUCCGGAAAACAUUACUGGGAGGUAGAUGUAACAGGAAAGGAGGCCUGGGACCUGGGGGUCUGCCUGGACUCUGUACAGAGGAAGGGGCAAUUUUUGUGCAGCUCCAGAAGUGGAUUCUGGGUGAUUUGGUUGUGGAACAAACAAAACUAUGAGGCCAGCACUUGCCCCCAGACUCCCCUCCACCUUCAGGUGCCUCCAUGUCAAGUUGGGAUUUUCCUGGACUAUGAGGCUGGCACUGUCUCCUUCUACAACAUCAAUGACCAUGGCUCCCUCAUCCACACCUUCUCUGAAUGUGCCUUCACGGGACCUGUGCGCCCCUUUUUCAGUCCAGGUUUCAAUGAUAGAGGAGGAAAUGCAGCUCCUCUAACCCUCUGUCCACUGAAGAUGGGGUGGUAGGGAUCCACUGACUCUUGCUGGCUCUCUCAAGACAUGGCC